AGGGGAAUUCAAUCAAAACGACGUCGAGAGCAGAUCAGUCUCUGGGUACACGGCAACCGGUUUGAUGGUCUCUCAAAUCAAACCGGUUAAUAACAUUAUGAAAUAGCAAGCCGCGUUGCCUUUGGCAAUUUGUGAAGUUGGGAGAAAGAACAGAUAAGAGAGAAGAGAGAAGAGAGAGAGGAGAUAUGGCGGCGUGGAUCCAUGGAUAUAUGUUGGGUUUGGUAGUGUUAUUGUGGGUUGUUGUUGUUGUACCAUUGAGUGUGGGUGCAUCUUCAAAAGAGCAGCUGAGCUCUAGGGAAUGCGAGAAUCUGGGUUUCACAGGCCUUGCUUUGUGCUCUGAUUGCAACACUUUGGCUGAGUAUGUCAAGGAUCAAGAAUUGGUAUCAGACUGUUUGAAGUGUUGCACUGAGGAUUCUGAUGAUUCUAUGAGCAAGAUCACCUAUGCUGGCGCCAUACUGGAAGUCUGCAUGAGAAAACUGGUUUUCUAUCCUGAAAUUGUUGGCUUCAUUGAAGAAGAGAAGGACCAAUUUCCUUCGGUUAAAGUUCAGUUCAUUUUCAAUUCACCACCAAAAUUGAUAAUGCUGGAUAAUGCUGGCCAACAUAAAGAAACAAUAAGAAUCGACAAUUGGAAACGUGAGCAUAUGCUGCAGUUCCUGCGAGAGAAGGUUAAAACUACCUGAAAUCCUGUCCAGACUUAAUAUAUCUUCUAUCUUGAGAUGUGAUAAAUAUCUGAGACAUACACAAGUGGUGGGCGUUUUCUUGUGAGGGAUUAGGAAGUGGUUGUAUCGAAUUUUAAUUGGAAAUUAUUUAUAUGUUUUGAACUCUCCUAUUCGUUUCAAUCCAAAGGACUGAUAUGAACCUCUAAUGCCUCUCCUAUGAUCUUUAAAGAAGGGAAAAUAGGAAAGGACAAUUUUCUGUAUCUUAAUGAAUGUUUCUGCCUUGAGUUGGUUGCUUGGUA